CCUUCUUCCACACGCUCAGAAUGUCUUCAGUCUCCAGAUCUAUCCUCAUCACUGGCGGCACAUCCGGUCUGGGCUUCCAUGCUGCCACCGCAAUCGCCAGACGCUGUCCUGACAGCGACAUUGUGAUAGCAUCACGCAAAGAUCCGGACAAGGCUGCGGAUGCGAUUAACACAAAACUGGGCCAGCGAAAUGUGCAAUUCAUGCCACUAGAUCUGGGAAACUCCAAGAACGUCCGCUCCUUCGUCAAUACCUGGGCAGAGAAAAAGUUGUCUCCGAUCUCAGUGCUCUUGCUCAAUGCAGGCCUUCAAUUCCCAGGAGAGGUCCAGUACACGGCAGAUGGUCUCGAAUCAACAUUCGGCAUAAAUCAUGUUGGCCACGCACUUCUAUUCCACCUACUCCAGCCGUACAUAGCAGAGGAAGCUCGUAUUGUUGUCACAGCAAGCGGCACCCAUGACCCAGCCCAAAAGAGUGGUCUGCCCGAUGCAAAGUACGACACUGCUGAAAAGCUCGCGCAUCCUCCGGCUGCAACACUCAAGACUGACGGUCGCCAGCAUUACUCGACCAGUAAACUGUGCAAUGUCCUGUGGUCGUACGCCUUGGACCGACGGCUCUCGAGCACCAACAAGAAAUGGACUGUUGUUGCGUUUGACCCGGGACUCAUGCCUGGAACUGGACUGGCGAGAGACUAUGGUCUUAUCGCCCGAUUCCUGUGGCACAAAGUCUUGCCAGCACUGAUUCCGCUUCUGAGACGUCUGUUGUCGCCGAACGUUCAUACAGCGGAGGAGUCUGGUAGAAACAUGACCUGGGUAGCAUUAGAUGACAGAAAUACCAGUGGCAAAUAUUAUGAGGCCAGGAAGCAGAUCCCAUCGAGUAAGGAUAGCUAUGACGAGAAGAAACAGGAGGAUUUGUGGGAAUGGACGGUCAAUUACCUGGCCCAGAAUCAGCAGGAGAAGCAAAAGUUUGAGGCCCUAAGCUAAGAGCGUGAAUGGGGUACCUGGUCUCAGUGUUCCUUCACACUGAUAGAAAGUUUAUAAAAUACUAAACCGAUUCGUGAAC